AUGGAGGAAGCUUUUCAGUCUUUGACGGCAGGGAAAGUUCAGGAGUUGCUUGUAUUCUGCGGAAUCGGCGACUGCAACUAUGAACCUAUCAAACAACACAUCCUAGGCAUUUCUGACUUUGAUCUACCACCUCUUCUUACUCCCAGAGCUAGUCCGGAUCUAGAAGCAAAGCGUGGCUCUUACCGGUUCCUCCCCACAUCUGAAAAAAGAAGUUAA